AUGAGCAUACCCCUCUGCAGCCAGCACGCCCUGCUCACCCGCCGGCGCGUGCCGCUGUGGGUCGUCGCCACCUCGCUCGUCGGGUCCUUCCUGGGCAUCUUCCUCGUCGGCCUCCUCGACGACUUCCUCUACUCGCCCGGCGACGUCCCGCUCAAUCUGGUGGGCGGACAUGCCCUCUCCUCGUUCAUCGGAGGAGCGAGCGCGAUCAUAGCCGUGUUGGCUUCGGGGAAGGUGGUGGAGGCCGGCUACUACUACGUGGUCACCACGGUGCUGGGCGCGCUCGUCAUGCUGGCUGUCGCGCUCGCCGUCAACAAUCUCCCCCGGCCACCAAACCUCAGGCACGCACCGCCUCUUCGACCGAAAAACAAAUAA